AUGAUUUGUGAUAUGCCAUACCUCAGCUUGUGUACAAUUCGAAGUUUUGUUCAUGAAACUAGCAUUACCAGUUAG